UCCCUUCGCGAAUUUUUCCUAUGCAAGAAUUUGACAAUCGAAGUAGGGUCCGUUCCUCAAGAAUGGAACAAGACGAGAGCCUGUCCUGUGUGUGAUAUGGGUUUGGCUUUCCAGGUGUCUUUUCGUUCUCCCACUACUCCGCUCCGAGCCAUUAUCUUUGCAAUGUCUAUUGCUCUGGACCAUGGAGCCAUGCCCAUCGGUGGCUUGCUGGGCUUCGGCUUGUCGGGUUGCGUUAACAUGCAAUUCAUCGUGUACUGCCGGGUGUAUUUUUACGAGAGUUGGCGUACUAAGUCAUUGGUCAUUGUAAUAUGGCUGCUUGAUUUAUGCCAUUCCGCACUUGUGGCAAGCGCCCUCUGGGAUUCCAUCAUUGCGAGUGAUAGUGGCUUGGAUACACUUGACAUAAUCCCCUGGAGUAUUGGUCCUGCGAUAGAGCUUACUGCUAUGAUCACCUUCAUCGUCCAACUUGAGGUUGUGCAAAGUAAGAAGCUCACUGUAGUGAUUCCAAUUGUUGUGCUCUCUCUCGUUCGUUUAGGUAGGUACACUUUAUCAUGACUAGCAGUGAUUUAUCAAACAUUCACACUCGUGGUUCUUUCGAUAACGCACAUUCUUUAAACUUUUUCAGUCACAAUGAGUGAAAUGCUCAGAUUGC